AUGUACAGCUCCCUUGAGAUCCCCAUGGCCCCCAAGACCUUGGAACUUCCACACAACCUUCAGGUAAUAGUUCCAUACCUUAUUUUGGCAGUCAUCGGACUUUUGCUCAAGCGAAAACUACUCUCAUCGAUCUCUGAUAUCAAGGGUCCUUGGUUGGCGUCAGUGUCGACCCUGUGGCAGAUAUAUCAUACUGCUAAAGGCGACAUUGAAUAUGUUGUCCAAAAGGAGCACCAGAAGCAUGGCGAUUUCGUCCGUAUCGGCAAUAAUGAGGUGUCAUGCAGUCACCCAGACAGCAUCACUGCUAUUCUGUCACCAGCAUACGAGAAGGCAGGCUGGUAUCGAGCACUUGCUGUCCCUGACAAGCAUCACCAAACCCCAAUGUCAGAAUGCGACCCCAAGCGACACCGAGAACGAUCAUCUAUCACAGCCAGCAGUUAUUCCCUCACUAGUCUGAUCAAAUCGGAAAAAGUCGUCGACACUUGCAUUGAGGAAUUCCAACAGCAGCUCAAGAAACUCGCGGGCCGUGGCCAGGCCAUCGAUCUCGGCGAGUGGCUAAACUAUGUUUCCUUCGAUGUCAUUGGCGAGUUGACCUUCUCGCAACGCUUGGGAUUUGUCAGAAGGGGUGAAGAUAUCGACAACUCAAUUAGUAGCAUGCGCUUUCUCAUGGUUUACCAAGCCGUCAUGGGAUACAUGUAUUGGCUGCACCCGUUUAUCCUCCACAGCCCCUUUUCUGGCUUCUUUGGUCUUCGGCCGCAUGCUCACAUUUUCAAAACGGUCAGCGCGGCCGUUGAUAAACGCCGAGAAGAUCCGAACGUCCGACCUGAUAUGGUUUCUCAAUGGAUCAACAACCUCCGCAAGUGGCCCGACCGUAUGGAGGAACGCGAGAUCCUAGCCGUUGCUAGCAUGACCACCAUUGCCGGCUCCGAGACCAUGACCGGGGCGCUGUCAAACAUGUUUUACUUUCUCUUGAAGAACCCUGAUUGCAUGACCAAGUUAAAAAAAGAAUUGAGUAAGGCCCAGGCGGCUGGUGAACUGUCUCCCGUUGUUCUCCAUGAAGAGGCCAAGAAGCUUCCUUACCUCCAGGCUUGUAUCAAAGAAACACUUCGAUACUUUGCCCCUGUGCCAUUCGGCUUGCCUAGAGUGGCCCCCAAAGAAGGAGUUACACUGGGCGGGCGCUAUUUCAAGGCCGGUACUAUUUUAUCCGUCAAUCCAUUUGUCAUGCAGCGCGAUCGCCGCUACUUUGGCGAGGAUGCCGAAGUCUUCAACCCAGAGCGAUGGUUGCGCCCCGAGGCGCCACGCUACGAAAAAUACCUGAUUACAUUUGGUACCGGAUAUAACGGCUGCCCAGGUAAGCAGUUUGCCUUUGCGGAGAUCGGUAAAAUCACAGCGUCUGUGGUACGUGACUUUGACUUCGAGUUCGAGAAUAUUGGCACAGAUUGGAAGCACCGUAGCCAUUUCACUAUCGCACAGAGCGACUGGCCGGUGAAAGUCUCUGUUGCAGCACCACUUGAGAACUGA